AUGGCACCACCCGUGGACGACGACGCCAGCGCCAAACCUGGCGCGCAGAUUCACGUCGCUGACGUUGGAUCCUCUGCGAAUUCGACCCUAUCACCAGCGACAACACUGGAUAGUAUCAGAAGAGCUUCGGAAGAUGCAGCCCAUCCACAAGAGUCCCAGGAUGUCACCGAACUACACAAAAUUCCCACAACAAGACCUCGCCGAGAUUCCCACAUGGGUGAAGCAUUGGAAAACCUGGCUAGUACCAUGUCCGUGGUUGAGCAACGCCCAGAAAGUUAUAUGGAACUCGGGGCAGUUCCUUCUCGACGCAGUGAGCGGAGUACGACGCGGUGGUCGAUUCGCCAUCCCUCCCCAGAACGAAUGCCCGAUCUUGCGGAAGAGGCAGGUGGUUCUCCAACCCGGACCAAGUACCAAGGCGUUCCUCCAGAAAUUGGCAGUUUCACGGCGGAGGUUAUCUUUGUGUUUGUGUGCUCUGCCGGUCUUCUUAUGUUCGCGUUCCUCCUUGGUGACAUCACGGUCAAUCAAGAGGAGUUGAAGAGAGCAUUGGAUAUCACCAACAGUGAACUUCCUUGGCUCCUGGGAGCUUAUACUCUUCCGUUGAGUCUUUCCGUGGUGAUUUCGGGCUCACUCAGCGACUUGACGCCCCCGCGGAUGUUGAUGGUCGGCGCCUUUGCUUGGAUGACGAUUUGGAACGUCGUCGGCGUGUUCUCCGUCAAGCCUAGCAUGGCAAUUCUCUUCUAUAUUGUACGCGCCAUGCAAGGGCUGUCUGUAGGGGUCCUCGUUUCUGGAUCAAUGAGUAUUCUGGGUCGCGUAUACAAUCCAGGGCGUCGAAAGAACCAGGUAUUCUCUGCCAUGGCAGCCACAUCGCCCUUCGGCUUCUGGUUAGGUGCCAUUCAGGGCGGUGCUCUGAAGGCCCACCUCUAUUGGAUUUUUGGAACGAAUGCAAUUCUCUCGGGCCUGUGUUUAGUCGCUGCCUGGAUCACUAUUCCUCCACUGCGGCCUGUCGCUGACAUCGCCGGCACGGAAGCACCAACGAUCCGACAGUUCGACUUCCUCGGAGCAUCGCUUGCAGUUUCCGGCUGCGUCUGCCUGCUAUUCGGUCUUACGCAGGGAUCUGUUGCAGAGUGGUCACCAUACACCUACUCGUUAGUGAUAAUUGGCAUCCUGCUGAUCGUGGCAUUCUUUUUCGUCGAGCGCUGGGUCCAGCGCCCACUAAUUCCGAACCGGCUAUGGGAGACGAAAGGAUUUACACCGCUGAUGAUCGCAUACUUCUUGGGAUUCGGUGCAUUCUCUGGAGCCUGGCAGUUCUACGCCGUCCAAUUCUGGCUUCGAAUCCAACAUACCGCACCGAUUACAGUGGCCAUCUACCUACUCCCGAACGCAAUCGUCGGCGUGUUAGCAACAUGGGUCGUGAGCAAGACCCUGCACGUGGUCCCGGGGCAUUACAUAUAUCUUACGGCCAUGCUCGCCUUCGCGCUCGGCCCAGCCUUCUUCCUGCCCCAGACGUCGGGAACCUCCUACUGGGCGCUAUCCUUGCCCGGCGUUGCGCUCGUCACCUUCGGACCGGAUCUCUCAUUCGCAGCCGCAUCGAUCUACAUUACCAGCAACGUUCGGCGAUCAUACCAGGGAAGUGCAGGUAGUCUUCUGGUGACGGUGCAGAACCUAAGCACGGCGGUCAUGACGUCGGUAGCAGAUGCGAUUGGAAACAAGGUGGAUAAGACGCCUUCGGGAGAUAUUGGAUUGGAGGGUCUGCGGGCGAUCUGGUGGUUUGGGCUGGCUGCGGAGAUCAUUGCGGCCCUUAUUACUUUGAUCUGGGUGAGGAUUCCCAAGGAGGAGGAGAAGGAGCAUGUUCUUUGA